ACGUAGAGUCCCAUAUUGGUAAGUCGGUCCUCUGUUCUUAUCCUUACCUCUUCUUCUACCAUGCCACCUUUCCUUGUACAGAUCACCUCUUCAUAUUUGUAUAAAUUAUCCUCAUUUCAAACUAAACUUUCCUUGCGUUUCAUCUCCCCCAUCAAUUCGUUGAAAAUUCCCAUAAUCAUGUAAUGAUAUCCAUCUUUUCUUCCUUCUGUUAUUGCAAAGAUUCAUGAAACACAUUCUUCUUGUUUUCAACACCCACCGAUAAAAAUAAAAACACGCACGCACAGAGAAUUGGAACAGUCUUGUUUCUAAAUUUCAAGUCUUGAGCUUUCUUGUUCAGACCACAUUGAACAAAUCUAUUUCUUGUUUCUUUGUUCUAAAAUCCAAGAUUCUGCGGUUUUUCUCUCUGGGUUUUCGAUUAUGUUGUCGAGAUCUUGUUUCAAUCUCUUAAACCUCGACGAUUACUCGAGUGAUCGGACUCGAAUCCCGAGAGUGAUUUCCAUGCCGGGUGUUAUAUCAGAUUAUGAGGAUGGAAAUAAUGUGGGAAGCCAAGAAUCGGAUAUAUCUUCAUCUCUCAGUCAAGAGAGGAGAAUAAUCGUUGCGAAUCAGCUUCCAUUGAAGGGUUAUUGUAGAGAUUCAUCAGACGGCAAGAAAUGGUGCUUCGAUUGGGACAAAGAUUCCCUGGUUUUGCAACUAAGAGAUGGGUUCCCCCCAGAUGUCGAGGUUGUCUAUGUAGGGUGUUUGGGUGUGGAGGUUGAUCCAGUGGACCAAGAAGAGGUAGCUCAAUUGCUGUUUGAUAAGUUCAAAUGUGUGCCCACUUUCUUACCCUUGGAUUUGGUCAACAAAUUCUAUCAUGGUUUCUGCAAGCACUAUUUGUGGCCUUUGUUUCAUUACAUGCUCCCUUUGGCACCUAGUCAUGGUGUUAGGUUUGAUAAGGCCAUGUGGCAGUCCUAUGUAUCAGCAAACAAGAUUUUUGCUGACAAAGUAAUGGAGGUAAUAAACCCUGAUGAGGAUUAUGUCUGGGUCCAUGAUUACCAUCUCAUGGUUCUUCCUACUUUCUUGAGGAAGAGAUAUCCAAGAUUAAAGCUUGGAUUUUUCCUCCACAGCACUUUCCCUUCCUCUGAAAUUUAUCGAACAUUGCCUGUUAGGGAGGAGAUUUUGAGGGCCCUUUUGAAUUGUGAUCUUGUUGGAUUCCAAACGUUUGAUUAUGCUAGGCACUUCUUGUCUUGUUGCAGUAGGAUGCUUGGAUUGGAUUAUCAAUCCAAGAGGGGUUAUAUUGGGUUGGACUAUUAUGGGAGAACUGUUAGUAUUAAGAUCCUUCCUAUGGGGAUUCAUAUGGGCCAAAUUCAAUCUAUUAUGUCAUUGCCGGACACUGCACAGAAGGUUAAGGAAUUGAAGAAGAAAUAUGAUGGGAAGACUGUUUUGUUAGGCGUCGACGAUAUGGACAUGUUCAAAGGCAUCAGUUUGAAGUUUAUGGCAUUUGGGUUGCUGUUGGAUGAGAAUCCUAUAUACAGGGAAAGUGUAGUUCUUGUUCAGAUCAUGAAUGCUCCAAGGAGUCAGGGCAGGGAUAUUCAAGAGGUUCAAAAUGAGAUCAACAAAGUUGCUAAUGAGAUUAACCGGAAGUACGGUAGUCGCGAGUAUCAGCCGAUAGUUUGUGUAAACGGCCCGGUGUCCUUCCAAGACAAAGUUGCGUAUUACGUGAUUUCUGAAUGUGUUGUGGUGAAUGCUGUUAGAGAUGGGAUGAAUUUAGUACCUUAUAAAUACACAGUGUCUAGACAGGGCAGCCCUGCUUUGGACAAGGCACUGGGACUUGAAAACUCUGCCACAUCAAGAAAAAGUGUUAUUAUUGUUUCGGAAUUCAUUGGAUGUUCUCCAUCGCUCAGUGGCGCAAUCCGGGUCAAUCCCUGGGAUAUUAAUAGCGUUGCUGAGGCUAUGUUUUUGGGGAUUACAAUGGCGGAUUCUGAGAAAGAAUUGCGGCACGAGAAGCACUACAAGUAUAUUACAUCUCAUGAUGUUGCGUAUUGGGCUAGGAGCUUCGAUCAGGACCUCGAGAGAGCUUGUGCCGAGCAUUACAUGAAGAGGUGUUGGGGAAUCGGAUUUGGCUUGAAUUGCCGAGUCGUUGCAUUGGGUCCUAAUUUUAGGAAGCUUUCAGUGGAGCAUAUUGUGUCUGCUUAUAAAAGCACAAACAGCAGGCUUAUCCUUCUUGAUUAUGAUGGAACGAUGAUGCCACAGGAUAGAGUAGAUAAAUCUCCAAGCCCUGAAGUUAUUUCGGUCCUGAACAGUUUAUGCAACGACCCGAAAAAUAUCGUCUUCAUUGUUAGUGGCAGAGGAAAGGAUUCACUUGGCAAGUGGUUCUCUCAGUGUGAAAACCUUGGGCUGUCUGCAGAACACGGUUAUUUCAACAGGUGGACUAAAAACUCCGAGUGGGAAUCUUGCCGGUUAUCCGUUGAUUUGGACUGGAAAAAAAUUGUGUUGCCGAUAAUGGAGCAUUACACAGAGGCUACUGAUGGUUCAUCGAUAGAGCAGAAGGAGAGUGCGUUGGUUUGGCAUCAUCAAGAAGCUGAUCCUGACUUCGGCUCGUGCCAAGCAAAAGAGCUUCUUGAUCACUUGGAAAGUGUACUUGCUAAUGAUCCCGUGGUAGUAAAAAACGGCCAGCAGAUAGUCGAGGUGAAACCACAGGGAGUGAGCAAAGGCGUGGUGGUGAAGAAUCUCAUGGAAAGCAUGAGGUAUAAAGGGAAGCCAGCAGACUUCGUUUUGUGCAUAGGCGAUGACAGGUCUGAUGAGGAAAUGUUUGAGGCUAUUGCGAGUUCCAUUGCCCACGGUUCACUACCCGAUACAGCAGAAGUGUUCGCCUGCACGGUCGGUCAAAAACCAAGCAUGGCAAAAUAUUACCUUGAUGAUACAGUUGAAGUGAUCAGAAUGCUUCAAGGCCUCUCAGCCGCGUCGGGACAGCAACAGCCGAAGCAGCCUCAGAAUCUAGUUUCUUUUGAAGGAUCAGUUUGACAUCUGAAGUGGUAAAUCAGCACAAAACUGAAGCUUGAUCUAGUUCUAGGGAGAAAUACAACUUGUACAUAAGAUACAUAUAGUUACAGGAAUCUGAAACCAGUAGAUAGCAAUGUGAUAAACAGUCAAGAAAGUGACUUUAGGUCUCUCUUUGUUCAUAGUGCCCUGUUGCAUUCGUCGACUAUUCCAAGCAUAGUUUUUCGUUUUUUCAGAAAAUGUUUCUCAGAUUCGCAGAAAUCCGUGUUUAGUUUUACAUUUUUGGUUUAAACCUUCAACCAGGGAUUCGUCGUUUGUUUGAUUUUGACAGAGAAGCAAGUAGAUAUGCUUGAAGUAUCCAAGAUACUGACAGAAGGUAGCUAUGUGUAUAGGAAAAACUGUGUUCAUCUUAUAAUGUCCUAGACAACAAUGUAAAUCAUACAUUUCUGAAUCA